GCUCGAGCCGUUUGGCUCAAGAGACGUGAGUGUUGGAGUGAUUAGUCGUCUCUCGUGGCCACAGCGUCGCACCGGUCGGCAUGAUUCGCUCUCCGAUCGGGCGCAGUACCGUUGUGCGUGUGCUGGACGGCGGCAUGGGGGUGCUCUUGCCCAAGCUGGGCGUUCCCAAAGAUCCCAUCAUUUGGUCCGCGCGUGCGCUCGUGGAUGAGCAGAACCAUCCACUUGUCGUCAGAGCGCACAGGCAGUUCAUCGACGCAGGCGCGACGGCCAUCAUCACCAACAGCUACUCAGUAAUCCCAGGCUACCUUCGCAAAGCAGACAUGGUGGACAGGGCGCCCGCGCUGGCUGCACUCGCCGCGGGCCUUGCCAGGGAGGCCGCAGGCGCAAGGGGCGCUGGUUGCUCUGCGAUGGUGCUCGGCUCUUUGCCCCCGCUCGUGGAGUCGUACCGCGCCGACCUGCUUCUGCCCGAGGACGAGGCCGUUGGCUGGUACGCGAUGCUGGCGCGUGCCAUGGUCAGAGACGUUGAUCAUUUCAUCUGUGAGACGAUGUCGUGCCCUGCCGAGGCAACCGCUGCAAUCAGGGGCGUCGCGAAAGGGGCGCCCGAUGCGAAGGCAUGGGUCUGCUUCACGGUCGACUCAGAGGGUCGGUGCAGGGAUGGAACGCCAUUCAACCUUGCCGUAAGAGCCCUGAUGACAUUUCCAAAUAUUGUAUCCGGAAUUGGCGUGAACUGCUGCAUGCCAGAGGCCGUUGAACCUGCGAUGAGUGCGCUGGAGAGCGAUGUUGAAGCUUCUUCGUUUGCUGCUGGGGUGGAACGUGUGGUUUAUGCCAACGCGUAUCCGAAGUCUCACAGUGAAGGUCUAGAGUACAGCACUGAGGAUUUCGACGACGAAGCUGUACGGGAAGACUUGAACGCUCAGCGAUACGCUGAAGUCGCGGCGACGUGGGCCAAUAGAAAGACUUUGCCAUUUACGACCGUCGGGGGUUGUUGCGGCAUCUUGCCUCAUCAUAUCGAGCAAGUCGCAGCAACGUUAAAGGCGAUUGGCAGUGCGAGCGUCGAUCGACCUGCUCACUAGAGUAUUAUGUUCUCUAUGUGCCGAGUUUCGACCGAGUAUUUUCUUUCCUCUUCCCUGUGCGGAUGAGAAUAGAAACUCCUCACGCGGGGAGAAAGACAAGUCAGCUGCUGGC